AUGACUCGGAUCUUCCUAACUGGCGCAUCGGGCUACAUCGGCGGGGAUGUUCUGUACAGCCUGCACAAAAGGCACCCUGAGUACGAAAUUACGGUCCUUGUUCGAGACGCCGACAAGGGCGUGAAGAUCUCCCAGGCCUACCCUAAAGUCCGCGUCGUGCAGGGAGAGCUUGAUUCAGCUGCAGUUGAAGAAGAGGCGCAAAGCGCAGAUGUGGUAGUUAAUGCGGCCAGCGCGCAGAACAACAAAGGUGCCGAGGCGGUCUUCCGAGGACUGACUAAUUCCAAGCGUACGAAGCCUGGUUACUGGAUUCAAGUAUCCGGUGCUACUCUCCUCUCCGCACCUGACAUCGAAAAGGGCGUUUACGGAGAGCCCUCCGACAAGAUCUACAGCGACAUCGAUGGCGAACAAGAUGUCAAGGCCCUGAUCCACAAAUACGCAGCCAAGCGUCUCAUCGAUCACUUCAUCCUCAACCUGCCCGAAACCCCGCUUUCACCAAAGACAGCCGUUGUCUAUCCCCCAAUCAUCUACGGCCGCGGCAGAGGUCCCGUCAAGCAGCGAAGUGUUCAGAUCCCCGAACUCUCGCGCAUCACCCUUCAAAACAAAACCGGCUACCAGGUCGGCCGCGGUCUUAGUACCUGGAGUAACGUCCAUAUUACCGAUAUCAGUCAGAUCUUCGUGACGUUGGUAGAGAAGGCCGUUGCCGGGGAGGAGGGUCCCUUCUGGAAUGAGAACGGGAUUUAUUUUGCGGAGAAUGGAGCUAUUAACUUUGCAGAGAUUGGCCGUCUGGUGGCUGAAGAGGCUGCUAAGCUGGGACUGAGCUCGACAUCUGUGAAGGAGAUCAGUGACUCUGAGGCGAAUGCCCUGUCUGGCCAUGGUAGUGUGCUUUGGGGAACCAAUGGGCAGGAGCGUGCUCAGCGCGCUCGCAAGGUGCUGGGAUGGACUCCUACUGGGAAGUCGUUGCAGGAUGAGAUUGCUGAUACAGUUCGUGCUGAGGCGGCUAGCCUCGGUCUUUUGUCUGUAUAG